CGCCCAUUGACCGCCGUGACGUCACAGGUGGAAACUUGUGCGCGCGAAGGGCGAGAGCCGCCGUCGCUUUACAGUCGGAUGGAGUGAAGCGAGACGCCGGCGGCAGGUGACGGAUUGGUGCGAACAGGAUGCCCGACCAGCUGGAACACCUGCCUCGACUGACACACCUGCUGCCAUGCAGGGAGGCUCAGAUCAAAACGCUCCUCUUGCUCCUUGGAGAGCCGGAACAUUAUAGCUACCCAUCCAUUUUUAUCUAUGGGCACCGAGCGUCAGGAAAGAGCCAUGUGACCCUCACUCUACUGAAGGAACUGAAGAUGCCCCAUGUGGUGGUGAACUGCGUGGAGUGUGUGUCACUGGGGCUGCUCUUUGAGCAUGUGCUACUAUCCCUCUUUGGCUCCUCGCACACAUCCCUGCCCCGCGGCCCAUCCCUGUCCGACUUUGUGAGGCUGUACCGGCAGCUGUGCUCAGAGGACCCUGCCAAGCAGACACGCUACAUUGUGCUGGACCAUGCAGAACUCCUCAGGGAUAUGAGUGCCAAUCUCCUGCCCGGGUUCCUGCGUUUACAGGAAUUGGUGGAGGACAAUGUGACGGUGAUCUUCCUCAGUGAGAUCGUGUGGGACAAGUUCAGACCUAAUACAGGCUGCUUCGAACCCCUGCUGCUACACUUCCCCGACUACAGCAAAGUGGAGCUCCAGCAGAUCCUUGCCCAGGACAGCUGUCCCUCCUACUCCCCUGAGCUCUACUCCUCAUACAUCAGCAUCCUGCUGGGCGUCUUCUACUCCGUGUGCAGGGACCUGCGGGAGCUCCGCCACCUGGCAGCUCUCAACUUUCCCAAAUUCUGUGAGCCUCUGGAGAAAGGAGAAGCAAAGGAAAGUGAUGCUCACAAAUUAUGGCGAAAUAUAGAACCUCACCUGAAGAAAGCCAUGCAGACGGUGUACUUGAGAGAGGUGUCCAGUGUUCAGUGGGAAGAGCAGCAGCAGAAGGAGGAGAAGGAGGUGGGAGAGCUGAGAGGUUUGUCAGCCUACACCCACGUGGAGCUCCCCUACUACUCCAAGUUUCUGCUGAUCGCAGCCUAUCUAGCCUCUUACAACCCGGCACGCACUGACCGCCGCUUCUUCCUUAAGAAUCAUGGGAGGAUAAAGAAGACUAACUUCUUGAAAAAGCACGAGAAGACCAGCAACCACCUACUGGGACCCAAGCCAUUCCCCUUGGACCGUCUGCUGGCCAUCUUCUACAGUGUGGUGGAUAGCAGGGUAGCCCCGACCGCCAGCAUUUUCUCCCAGAUCUCUUCUCUGGUGACCCUGCAGCUGCUCACCCAGGUGGGUCACGACGACCAGCUCGACUCGCCCAAGUACAAGUGUGCCGUGUCUCUAGGCUUCGUCCGCGCCAUUGCUAGGACGGUGAGCUUCGACAUUGUCAGGUACCUGUACGACUUCCUGUGACACGGGAUGAUGAAGACGUCGUCACCAUUGUGCACGUGGAAGCGAUGCGAGCGCUACUGUGUGGGGAGCUGACCCACCUUGCUAGAGUCUACCUCUCCACCCGUAUGUGCCAUGGCAGAACUGUCUGUGUGCCUCACACAAGUGCUUCUUUCUCGCACCACUUGAUGUACGCUCACACACUCUCGCACACUCCGUCUGUAUAGAUGUUUGACAGUAAAGUGUUUAUCGUUGUUUGUUUCCACACUCGUUUAUUUCCUCAAUGAAGCACCCAUGUGCUGCGUUGGACAAAAGGUUGUUGAUCAUGGCUGGAUGGAUGGAAGGUUUUUCAUUCACUCAGAGAAAGAUUACAUGAAAAGUCCACCUGUCAGCAUUGGCUGGUCAUGCGUUCCAGCCCUUCGCUCAACCCUCUGGCUGUGUUUCCUCUUUUUUUGAAUACACCUCAUCAAGUGAAGUCCAUCUCCUCACACCGGUAGUAUUCUCAUGUUCAGGAGUUCAAAGCUGCAGUGUGUCACAUUCCCACCUCACCGUCACGGCGA